AUGUGUAAUCUUAUUAAUGCAUCUCCUAAACGUCAUGCCGAGUUACAUUCUUCUCAAAGAAAUGAAAUUGCACAUAUGGUAGUUAUUGGUGAACGUGAUACCGGUAGAGGAUGUAAUCAGAUUGGAAAUUUAUUACGGCCAGGGAAGACUCGUUGGAGUUCUAAUUUUGACUCACUUUGUAGUAUGGUUUAUAUGUAUGCCUUUGUGAUUACCGUGUUAGAAAAUAUGGUGGAUGAGGGGUCUUUUGAUUUCAUAUUUAUUCUACACUUAAUGCAAAAGAUAAUGGGAUUAACAAAUCUACUUUGUCGAGCAUUGCAAGAGAGAUCUCUAGAUAUUUUAAAUGCAAUGGACCAUGUUUCAAAUACUAAAACUUUGUCUCAUGCUUUGAGAGAGCAAGGGUUUGAUAUUUUACUUAGUUACGUGGAAGAAGUUUGUGAAAAAUACGACAUUAAGAUACCUCGGAUGGAAGCUCGUUACAAAUCUAGUAGAAGUCGUUCUAGUCAACAAAAGGAUUCGAUUACAGUUAAGCACCACUAUCAAUUUGAUGUAUUUGUUGCUGCAAUAGAUUUUCAAAUUGAAGAGCUCAAUAGUAGAUUUCAAGGACGAGGCACUCGAACUUCUUAA